AUGUUCAAGUGUUUCCCUCCCGCCACCACCACCAAGUUCAAAUUCCCUUCCAACAGACACCUCCUCCUGAAUACUUCCCACUCCACUGAAUUGUCUCCAACCUCAUGCACAACAUCCCGAUACAACUCCUCUGAUCUCCCACUUCCGGCCUCACGACCUCUCUCCGCCCCGCUCUUCCUCCAGAAUGCGUUCCCCGUCUCCGUCCCCUCGGACUCCUUCUCCUUCGCUCUCCUCUCCGCCGUCCUCUCCCUCCGCCUCCCCUCCCUCGCCCCCCAGCUCCACUCGCUCCUCGUCAAAUCCCUCCCCCUCUCCUCCUCCCUCCUCCCCUUCACCUCGCUCCUCCAGCUCUACCCUCCCCUCCACGCCCUCCGCCUCUUCGCUGAAAUUCCCCACCCGGAUCCACCCGUCUACAACUCCCUCAUCUCCUGCUUAGUUGAUAACAGCCUCGUCGCCAAAGCGAUGUCUACCUUCCGGGCAAUGCUCCACAGUGGGGUCCGCUCCACAGCAAGCACACUGUGCACGCUGCUCAAGGCGCACGGCCUACAUCUGAGCCAGGGGAAGCAGAUACACGCCCGGGUUUGUAUAACGGGUUGCGAGUCUGUCGUCCUGGCGACCGCGCUGGUGGGCUUUUAUUCAAGGUUAGGGAUGGUGGAAGAUGCGGUGAAUGUUUUUAACGGGUCGAGUGGUGAGAAGGAUGAGGGGAUUUAUAACGCUUUGCUUAGCGGUUUUGUAAUGAACCGGAGGUUUGAGGAUGUUUUCUUGAUGGUGAGGAGGAUGGAGGUCAAUCCGGUUGCUCUAUCAAGUGUUUUAAAUGUGUGUUCGGAGUUGUACAGUUUGGAGUAUGGGCGACAGGUUCAUUGUCUGAUGUUACGUCGGGGAUUUGAGUGUGAGGCGAUCUUGUGCAAUGCACUUCUUGAUGUGUACGCCAAGUGCGGGGAGGUAAAGGUCGCCAGGUUGGUGUUUGAUAGGAUCGUCAACAAGAAUGUGGUUUCAUGGACGAGCAUUAUCGAUGCUUACGGAAGUAAUGGGUUAGGACACGAUGCGUUGGCUUUAUUCAGACACAUGGAGAAAGAAUCAAGUGUUUUGCCUAAUAAUAUUACAUUCCUAUUGGUUCUUUCGGCAUGUAAUCAUUCAGGUUUGGUAGAAGAAGGGAGAGACUACUUGUUCUCUAUGAAGGAGAAAUAUGGUCUUGACCCGAGUCCCGAGCAUUAUGCUUGCUAUAUUGAUUUAUUAGGCCGUGCUGGCAAGAUCGAAGAGGCUUGGAACGUGUUUUGUAGUCUUGAGAGGAGGAUGAUGAUGAUAACUGCAGAGAUUUGUAUUGUUAUGCUUAAUGCUUGUAGAGUUAGUAAGGAUUUGGUGAGAGGGGAGAUUGUUGCAAGUCGUUUGCUAGCAUUAGAGCCUGGGAAUCCAUCAAUUUAUGUACUGAUUUCAAACUUUCACUCGGAGGUCGGGAAGUGGAAGGGGUCGGAGGAUCUGAGGGGGGAGAUUAAAACGAGAGGGAUGAAGAAGGAGGUGGGUACUUGUCAAGUUGCAGUGUGAAAUUGAGACUGUGACAUAGUGGAAGCUAUUUAAUUUCGGACUGAUGGUCGUCAAUGUGCACCUAUGCGUGAUGCUUGCAGAGCUGAUAAUCGUCGAAAUUGUUCAGUGUGUGUUUUGGAGCUGGACCCAGAGCAUGCCAUGGAUUAUUAUACCUUAAGCAAGACUGCAGGGUUUUGUUUGUUGGAAUCCUGCACAAAGAAUGGAUACAGGCGGAAAUGAGAAUGAGGGCUUACACGUCCUUCGCCACGUGUUCAUUGUCAGUAGUAUGUGUCCUUUCUUUGCAAUGUCAAACAAUGGGAUCCGGAUCCUCUCCUAACCAACAGUGUUCCUAAUAUUACCUCAUAAAUCAAUCUCAGCCAUUCAUUUAAAUCGACGGAUAAAAUCUCUCCUAAAUUCCCCAAAACUCUUCACAAACCCCAGAUCCCCAAAUUUCCAAAG